UUUUCAGCCUACAAAAACAAAAAUAAAAAAAGAAAGAAGAAAAACCCCUCUAACUUCAUUCACCUUUCUUUAUUUCCUUUCCAAAAAUUCCUUAUCCAAUUGCCAUGGAUACUCUGUCAAGCUCAGUUUCUUCACUCAAUGUUCCAACUCUGCGUAGGAACUCUGCUGACCUUUACUCAUCUCAUUUCAACUUUCCAAAUCACCACUUGUUCCCAACUUUCACUAAACCAACUUCAAAAUUCUUAAACAAAACCAACUCUUUUAUCCAUACCAAGAAUUUCAAUAUCCCAACUACUGUUCCAUCUAAAAAUCUACCACUCAAACAAUCCUCCUCAAGACAUCAAACAACUCAUACUAGAGCUUCAAGUGGUUAUGCUGCAGCACUAGUAGAUAUAGCUAAGUCCAACAACUCAUUAGAAACACUUGAAAGGGACGUUAUUAAGCUGUCCAAAUGGCUAAGAAAAGACCCUUUUGUUUUCUUGGAAGAUAAAGAAAAGGGGUAUGUUCUUAAGCAGAUAUUGUCUAAGGGGAAAUUUCACAAACACUUGGUGGGCUUGUUGAAGUUUUUAGUGGAGAAGAAUAAAGUGGGGAUAGUAAAUGAAGUGUUGAUGGAAUUUGAAAGAAUUUAUGAUGAGCUUUGUGGGACACAAGUGGUCUUGGUUUCAUCAGAGGUUAAAAUGGAGAAAUAUAAAGUUUUUGGAAUAGCUAAGAAAGUACAAGAACUUAGUGGAGCUGAAAAAGUGAAAGUUAAGGUAAGACAUUUGGUUGAUGAUAAGAAAAAGAGGUCACGCUCCUUUGCUCUAUAAUUAAUUAACUUUCUAUUUUCUAUAUUGAUAAAUUCAAGAUUUAAAGUCAGUGAAUUCCGCUCUUUAUAUGCGAAAUUCAAAUUGUCUUGCUGUGUCAGAAGAAGGAUAGCUAUACUGAUUCGGUAUGUAAGUUUUUUUGGUGUAUGUGUGUUGAAUAUGUGGCGCAGCCCUUUCCCGAACUCUACAUAAACGCGGAAUACCUUAUGCA